AACAAACAACUAACAACUAACAAACAAACAGACAUACAAAAAAAGUAUAUAAAUCUCCGACUCCACCUACGGAGUAUAUUAUACUCGAUUAUAUCUCCUACUCUCUAUCCGAGACAUGUGUUGACCACAGACCAACCAUCCAUGAACUGCCGAUCCCAGCCACCGGAAUAUCCGUCGCAUCAUCAUCUCCUCUUUUCACCAUUCAUCUUCAUUCCAUCUAAUCUAUCUACCCCAUGAUAAUUAUCCUGCAGUCAUAUUCAGAAAAAUACCCUCGAGAAUGUGCACUUCCUCUACCUCCACUUUCUAUGAUAAAUAAUAAAUAACCUCCACUUCAACCAACAACCAACCAACCACCCGAUAACGAUAACGAUACCGACCGACCCUUGACAACCACCACCACCAUCACCACUCAACAUAGCCAUCCAAUCCAUCUCUACGCCGACCACCAACCCAAAAAAACAAUAAGGCGGGAGAAAAGCAACCCAAUGAAGUACGCCGCAAUCUCGAUCCCCGCGUCCUACGGGCGUCUCGACUCCUCCCCCGCCCCGGGGACAGUAGCCGGCAUAAUCCUCGGCUCGGUGUGCGGCUUCAUCUUCCUGCUCUACCUCAUCUACCUGGGAAUAUCCUCCGGGCGCCGCUUCUCGUCGACGCCGUCCACCGUCGCCGGCACCGGGACGGAGGUGUCAGAGCGGUCAUCGCGGCGGUCGUCGCGCUUUCGACGGGGGCCGGGGUCACGUCGGCGAGACGACGUGGUCGAGGUCGAGGAGGGGCGCAGUGAUGGCGAUAGUCGGAUUGUGGUGGAGGAGAGCAUGACGAGUGGGGGGAGGAGUCGCGAUGAAGGGUUGGUUGAGGUGAUUGAGGAGGAGGAGGGGAGGGAGAGGCCGGGGAGGAAGGGGAGAGGGGGUAUAGGAGGGAUAGAUAAGUAA